AUGGUGAAGUGCAUUAAAUGCAACAAGUUAAUAACUAAAAAUUUGCCUGGAUUACAGUGCAUUACGUGUAAUAAAUGGACGCACGGAAAAUGCGCCAACUUAACUAACGAACAGUUAAAUGUUCUUUUCUCGACCGAAUCUGCGGAUUGGAAAUGCCGUAAUUGUUCCGGGCCAAAAUCUAAACCGAAGCGGUUAUCGUUUAUUAUGCCCGACGCCGAAGAAGACGAUAUCUCCGACUCCGAAGACCAAAUCAAAUCGGGUCUCAAGAAGAACAUCUUAAACGAAAUCAAAAUAGAAAUACGGGAUAUUAUUAGAACGGAGAUGCAAAGUGUCAUGCAAUUUUAUAUAGAAAAAAUGGAUGAGUACGAGCACAAGUUUAAAACAUACGAAAACGUGAUCUUACUAAUUCCAAUAAAAAUACAAAAUUAA